CCGCUCGCGGCUGCAGCCUGAGGCAGCGACGUGGCAGGAGGCGGUCGGCAGAGCCCGGCGGGUCUUCCUCCUCCGCUGCGGAGGAGGCGGCGAGGGCAGUGACGGUGAGGCAGCAGAAUGAAGUUGGAGUGGUGUGGUCGAUUUGCCCUUUGCUCCAAGACAACCAGCCAGACCUUUCUGCUUGGAGGAGUGUUUAUUGCGUUGGGCUCAAGUCGAAUCCUCCUGAUGAAGUAUUCUGCCAAUGAAGAUAACAAGUAUGAUUACCUUCCAACGACAGUGAACAUGUGUUCUGAAGUAGUAAAACUGGUCCUAUGUGUAGUGUUGGCACUCUGGAAUAGGAAAAAAGAAAAGGGUUGUAUGGAUCAUCUCUCUGAAUGUUUUUCCUGGAAGAAUGUAUGUAAUUCGAUGAAAUGGUCAAUUCCUGCCUUUCUUUACUUUUUGGAUAACUUGAUUGUCUUCUAUGUACUGUCCUACCUCCAGCCAGCAAUGGCUGUACUCUUCUCAAAUUUUGUCAUUAUAACAACAGCUCUUCUCUUCAGGAUAGUGCUAAAGCGAAGACUCUCUUGGGUACAGUGGGCGUCUCUGGUGAUUUUAUUCCUAUCCAUCGUUGCCCUGACUCGAGGAACUGGAGGCCACCAGCACAGCUUGGCUGCACAUGGAUUUCAUCACAGUAUGUUUUUUAGGCCAUCUAACCACUGCCUUCUCGCUACUGGACCUGAGGAAGCGUGCGUGGAAAAGGGCAACUGCGCAGCACCAAGUUUCCUCCACAGCUUCCAGUGGAAUGUGACCAAUACCAUGGCAGGAGCAUUGAAGCCUCUCCGCCUCAGCCUGGGCCAUCUGCUUAUUCUAGUGCAGUGUUUUGUGUCUGCGCUGGCUAACAUCUACAAUGAAAAGAUGCUGAAAGAUGUGGAUCAGCUUGGGGAAAGCAUCUUCACACAGAACAGCAAACUCUAUGCCUUUGGAGUGCUGUUCAAUGGGCUCAUGCUAGUGCUGCAGGCUAAGGACCGGAGGCAGAUAGGGAACUGUGGCUUCUUUUAUGGGCACAACAUCUUCUCCGUGGCUCUUAUAUUUGUCACAGCUUUCCUGGGGCUGUCUGUAGCCUUCAUCCUGAAGUUCCGAGACAACAUGUUCCAUGUUAUGAUUGCUCAGAUCAACACUGUCAUCAUCACUACUGUGUCUUUCGUCAUCUUUGACUUCAGACCUUCUCUAGAGUUCUUUUUGGAAGCUCCUGUAGUGCUUCUCUCCAUAUUCAUUUAUAAUGCCAGUAAAGGAAGAGGCCUGGAAUAUGCCACUCUGCGGGAAAGGGGAAAACUUAUCAAAGGAGAUGCGUGGGAGAGGUCAAGUGGGGAUGGAGAAGAAUUUGAGAGGUUGAACAAACCAAGCAGUGACAUUGACACAGAUGAAGAUUCCCUGUAGCAUGAAGCUGGCUUGGAGGAGUGCUAUUACUCACAGUGAGAGAGAGUUAAUAUUUUAUUAACAUAAGGAAGGGUUGUUUUUCCCCACUGACAGACUGUUUGGAACUGGUUUGGGGCUGGAUGUCAAAUGUGGAUGAGGACGAUAUUCAAGCUGUAUAUAUGGAGAGUUGUAUUCCUUUGUGCCUGUCUCCCAGUGUCUGGGGAAAUGGAAAUCUGGAAUGCCUUUGGAGCAGCUGCUGAAUUUUACAUGCAGCUUACUUGGCCUAACUUUGAAAGAGCUCGAAUAAAACAAAAGUUCAUUAAACAGUAUGAACGCAUCAUCUUUUUUUGUGUAUGUGUUUAGAAGGGCUUUGUGUAGAGGCUUAGUUUGCACUGAGCCCACUACUGAAAACAAAUAUUAUGCAACUGCAGUAAUGCUCUUCAACAUCUGGAGCAGUGAGCAAGAGAGUGCAGGUGGCAAUAUCAUCUGGUGUUGUUCUGCCCUGGCAGACUGAUAAGGGCUUGCAUUCAUUUUGUAGAGAGAGAAGUCAUUCUGCAGAGUGCCAGGCAUAGUGAUCUCAGAAUUUCUGUUGAGGCAUCUGCUGGAUUGUAUUUUGACUGAGAUGAGAAAUAGGUUCCAAAUUAUUCAGAGAAUUUUGAAACAGGCAAGGGAGCAGGGAUGCUGAUAAGGGAUUCCUGGUAUGUUCCUAAAGCCUCUUCUCUUAGAGCAGUGGAAAAGAUGUUGGUUUAUAAUUUCCUCCCUUCAAAAAUGUGUCUUUCAUAGUUGAAAGAUACUGUCAGAAGAAUUCUUAAGAUAAGCAAUGAGUUCAGUGUCAGAGCCUCAUACCAGAGUGUAUAGUAAGCAGUAAGUGAUGCACUUCUCUGGACUGAAGACAGUCCUGCCUUUGUUCCCCUCUGCCAUCCUGUCCAGGCUCUGUGUCUAAAGCUUGUGUGUACUGUAUUGAUGGCUUAUUGCUGUAUUAACAUACCUCCUGUCACUGACCCAUCAGGAGGGGCAGACUGUUUUCAUAUGUGCCCCAUGGUUUAUAAUUGUCAAGUUAUAAACUAUGAAUCUAAAAUUUCUAUUAAUUUUUUCUGUAUUUUUAUAGUAUCUAUUAAGAAUAGCUGUACAAAAUUAA